CUCUUAGUACGGCGUUGUUUUGACGUGAUCAUUUGUGAAUCGUGGGUCGGUGAGCGCGCAACACGCAGUACGCAUCUUGCAGUUCGCAGCUCGCAGUUCGAAAACCACUCGAGAGCUCCCCAACGACUUUCCCGUAUCUCCCUGCGGUGUGUGUGUGUAUGAUUGUGCGAAGGUUUUUCGCGGUCUGAAACCUUUCCCAAUUCGCUUUUGAAAAAAACAUUCAAUUUUUUGGCCAAACACACAGUUGCGUAAUUAAACAUUUUUCAAAAGCCAAAUACCACACAUUUAAGAGUGCUGCGUGUGCAAAAUCAAAAAGAGAAUUUUAGCCCCCAGACUGCUGAAUCAUACUAUAUAUUCCUCGUCGUAAAGUAGAUAUACAUAAAUCAGUUUCUGUAGCCUUCACACCGUCCACGUCAUCGGUGGAAAAUACAAAAACCAACAAAUUUUCGAAAUAAGCAAUUUCUCAAAAACCUAAAACCGUAAACCAGUGCAAGCGGAGAACGUGAAAAUGUCGAAGAAUAACGGAAAAGGCGCCAAAGGCGAAUUUGAAUUCCCGCAACCAGCUAAAAAGCAAACCUUUUCGGAAAUGAUCUAUAGUCCCCAGGAUGGAACGUUUUUUGGUAGAACCGGAAAGAAUUGGGGUCAACUCUUGUUGUUCUACACCAUUUUCUACAUCGUCCUGGCGGCCCUGUUCACCAUUUGCAUGCAAGGACUCCUGUCCACCAUCAGCGACACUGAGCCCAAGUGGAAGCUUCACGAGUCGCUGAUAGGCACCAAUCCAGGACUGGGAUUCCGUCCCCUGAGCGAGCAGACCGAACGAGGCUCUGUCAUUGAGUUUGACAGCAAGAAGCCAGCCGAGAGCGACUACUGGAUCGAGCUGAUUGAUGACUUCCUCCGGGAGUACAACCACACUGAGGGCCGGGACAUGAAGCACUGCAAUUUCGGACAGCAGAAAGAUCCCAGCGAUGUGUGCGUUGUGAACAUCGAUUCAUUCGGCGGUUGCUCCAAGGCCAAUAGCUACGGUUACAAGUCCAACCAGCCAUGCAUAUUCCUGAAGCUGAACAAGAUCUUUGGCUGGGAGCCGGAGGUGUACGACGAAGCGGAAAAGGACAUGCCCGAGACUCUGAAGUACUACAUGAAAGACAAGAGUCCUGAGCAGCUUAAGCAAAUCUGGGUGAGCUGCAAUGGGCACUUGAGCAAGGACAAGGAGAACUUCGAGAACAUAAAUUACUAUCCCAGUCAUGGAUUCCCCAGCUACUACUACCCGUUCCUGAACCAGCAAGGCUACCUGAGUCCCUUGGUCGCCGUGCAGUUCAUCUCCCCGCCCAAGGGUCAAAUGCUGGACAUCGAGUGCCGGGCUUGGGCCAAGAACAUCAUCUACAGCGGCAGUGCUCGCGACCGUAUGGGUUCGGUGACCUUCCAGCUUCUGGUGGACUAAGUCCCUGGAAAUCGUGUCGGAAUCUUUGUGAUCGCCACAACAAAUACUAGCCAUAUGCUAGACGAGGAUAUGGCAGCCUCAUCGCAGACCAACUACCAUCUAACUAGCAGCGAUAAAAAUACACGUAUUUGCAUAUAAAGAGAUAUAUGGAGCUAGUAUCUUUAGGUUUUCAAGAGUAUUGUAUAUAUUUAUAUGAAAGAGGGAUUAUCCGAGCGUCAAUUGAAUCCAAAAUUCUGGCCCAUUACAAAUGAAAAAAAAAUUGAAAAAAAAAAACAAAUGAAAUCAUUAAAUCAAAGUUUAAAUCGUCCACCUGCAACUGUUGUUAUAGCUUUUGGCUUGUCUACUGCUAUAAGUUGUUAUUUUUAAUAUUUAUCUUAUUUGAUUAAACCGCCUUGUAAUUACGAUCAUUAGUUUCUGUCAGUUGAAUUUAGUUUGUAUUUAUUAAUGUUUGUAUAAACAUCAUGCACGAAAUUCCUUGUGUUCUCCACACUUCCUAGGAUCGUUCGAUUUGUACAAAGAACUAAAUAAAUAAAUCUUAAAUGUUAAUCAUAUACAAAAACGGGAACAUCCUGCAAGUUUAUUUUAUAAAACGUCUUACUAUUAUAAUUUUUCUAUCUGGAAAAAUAUCGAGAGCCUUUAAUUUAGUGCAAUUGUUUUAGCAGAAAACUACAGUGAAACCUAAUAUCAUUGAUUAAAAUGAAGAAUAAAUAUAAUAUAUUUAUCAAUAAUUGUAAAAUUUUUGAGUAACACUAGCGAGUAACAUGAAUAUGAGCCAAUUAUUUCUUUUCUGUUGCUUUAGUGAUUGAAUAAAUAAAUGAGUAACUAGUUUUGUCGCA